CAAAUCACCGGUCUAACGUCUAAUCAUAUCUUCUUUUCUUCUUUUUUUUCUCUCCAGCAGUGAAACUCGAACCACGAAAGGAACAAAAACAAUAUAAAAAGCCCCGCCUAAGCACAAGCCAAAAUCCAGGCCAAGCCAAAAGAUAAGAGAAAAAACAAAAGAGAAGUGAAGGGUCUCUUGUGAGUCGAGGAGUCCCGUCGAAUCGGCCAAAACACUCCAAGGCACCCAUAAAAUAGUGCAAAGAAACUCUCACUUACCCCCUACCCCCCCGAGCUCCAUUUCCUUUUCCUUUUCUUUUCUUUCCUUUUCCAUUCCAUUCUCUCCCCCCAAUCACUAUCAACCAAACAACAAAGUUUGGCGUUAAUUUCCAGCUCUCCCUUCCGUCGUUUUCCCUCCGUAAAAAAGAAAAGAAAAACAGUUUCCCUUUGUCCCUCAUUUUUACGAAACCAACUCUCCUUUCUCUCUUUAUCCGUUUUCAGUUAAACUGUUUGUUUGUUUUCUUCCUAUGGAAGUUUUAGUUUCAGAUCUGAUUUACUUCAAAGAAAAAACAGGAGUCCAAGAAUUUCAAUUGAUUUAGAGAUUUUAAAGCUGUUUGGUUAGGGUUUUGAAGCGAUGCUUGGAUCGGAAAUGGAGACUAGAAUGAAGAAAUAUCGACAAGUGAGUCCAGAAAGAGCCAAAGUUUGGACUGAGAAAUCGCCGAAGUACUAUCAACAUAACCGUAAAGUUCCUGUUGUUUAUUAUCUCUGUAGAAAUCGUCAGCUUGAACAUCCUCAUUUCAUUGAAGUUCCUCUCUCUUCUCCUGACGGCCUCUAUUUGAGAGAUGUGAUUGAGAGGCUUAACAAUCUUAGAGGCAGAGGAAUGGCAUCUUUGUAUUCUUGGUCUUGCAAGAGAAGCUAUAGGAAUGGAUUUGUGUGGCAUGAUCUUUCUGAAGAUGAUUUAAUUCUUCCUGCCCAUGGAAAUGAAUACAUUCUCAAAGGCUCCGAAUUAUUCGAAGAAUCUAGCUCAGAUCGUUUUAGUCCUGUUGGGAAUAGCAUUAGAUUGCAAAAUCUUAAGCAAUUACCUGAACUGCCAUCUUCUUCUAGAAGUCAAGAUGAUUCUUCGACGUCUUCCAGUAUGAACGGAAAGAGAACAAAGCAUUCUCAGGAUGAUGAAUUCUCUUCUCCAGUUAAUCGUCCAACUCCUGGCUCCUCUGGUGCGUCACCGGAGUCUAGAUACGGAAAGAAUUCUUCCUGGGGUUGUUCGCUUAGCUUGACUGAGUAUAAGGUUUAUAAGAGUGAUGGGUUAUCAGAUGCUUCUACACAGACUGAGGAAAACACGAUCAGACCUAAGACACGGGAAACUUGUACAAGGGGCGUUUCAACUGAUGAUGGGUCAUUAGAACCCGAAUGCAAUGCAAAUUUCCAAAACCAGGUCCCUAACCCUUGUGCAAAAGAUAGCAAUGAGAUAUGCAGGAAUUCAGGUUCUCCUCCAUCCACUUCUAGUGCAUCGUCUUCAGGAGGGAAAACUGAAACGUUAGAAUCUUUAAUCCGAGCUGAUGCAAGUAAAAUCAAUAGUUUUAGGAUUCUUGAAGAGGAAGAAAUUCGAAUGCCAACCAAUGCAAGGCUCAAGGCAACAAGCAUGUUGAUGCAGUUGAUCUCAUGCGGGUCCAUAUCUGUGAAAGAUAAUAGUUUUGGCCUUGUUCCAACCUACAGACCUAGGUUUUCACAUUCAAAAUGUUCAUCACCAUUAUUCUCUACUUCAAUCAUGUUAGGAGAGCUUGAUUGCUUAUCAGAGAAUCCAAGGCUGAUGGGCCUGAGAUUGGAAGACAAAGAAUAUUUCAGUGGCAGCUUGAUUGAGGCAAAAAUGGUCAAAGAAGAAGGAGAUGAACAGACCACUCUGAAACGUUCUUCUUCAUACAAUGCUGAUAGGGAUUGUAAGGAGCUAGAUUCAGCUGAAGACAAAGAAGAUUUGAAUUCAGGACGUACAAAAUGCAUCCCACGCUCUAUCAAGGCUUCACUAAGCAAGCAACCAAGAAGUGAGUCUAUGAGAUCUCCUGUUUCUGAAAAACCAAGAAACUCCUCUGAUGGAAUCGAUAACUCACGCUCUGUACUGAGUAGCAUAUCGAAUGGUGGUAGUAAAAGAAUCACAGAGCCCAUUCCCGGUAAAAAACAAUCAAAAAGGUUGGAUUCAUUCAGAGAAGAGAAGGUGAUCAAAAUUGAAGAAAGGCUUGCUUCAGGAGCUCGGGUUAUAAUCCAAUCCAAGGCUCCUUGUGAUACAAUUGUUGGUUGCUCCUAAGUCUGAGGGGAGCAUGUUAAAGGUCAGGUCAGGCAAAUGGAUACCUUCUCGGAUCCUUUUGGAAAAGCUUGUUCAACAUAAAGCUACUUGUUUUUUCCAAUUUGGUUUGAAUUUCAAAUGAUGUUUAGAUAUAUUGGGGGGUCCAAUGUGAUGAUUCUGUAAAUCGGGAAAAGCUAUAAAAAGCAUAAAAGAGAAAGGUAGAUAUCACUCCUGAUGCUGGAGUAAAUUUUUGGUUCAGCUUUCUUAUAUGAGAUUUUGCUUUUAUGUAACUGCAGUUGCAAUUUCAUCAUCCUUUUGCAUUCCUUCUUUUAUUUUCACCCCCAAUAACAUUUUUCCUUCUUGCUGCUGCUGCAAAUGAUACAAAAAGUGCACUGAUUACGCUGAUGUCUCCGGAUAUUCUGCUCUGGGCGUAUAGCAUAAAUCCAACAUUGGAGGUAAAAUUUUCUUGAAUGUGACGCAGUUUUGCUUCCUUCGAUGCGAUUGUAAUGAUCAAAAUUAUACAACUAUUGUUACCUUUUUACCUAUAAGCUAGGCUUCGUUUGAAAAUGAAGCGUAAGAUUGGGAACUUGGAAUCCUAUGUGGUUCACUUCAGGUUGACCCUGAAUGUCAGAUUAAAAAGCCUUUUUUUACUCAAAAAAGGUCACAGAAAAAAGUACGUUGCCCACCUCCAACAGCUUCGGUGUUGAGCCUCGAGCGGCAUUGCCACUCUGUCUACCUAUUGAUAUCAGUAGAUUGACCGAAGACUCUACAAUUGGCAAUGCUAGGAUUAGUGGGACCAUUAAAUUUUUAAUUAGUUAGUAUUUAUUGGUAACAAAAAGUGUUUUGAGGCCUUUGUCUUAGACAUUGUAGGGUACAUGAUGAUCCAAUAGCAAAAAUUCUUUGAGCAACAUUAUUUGACCAAAAUAUUCCACUCAUGUGAGUGGCUUAUGGGAGUUGGGAGACAAUGAGGGCAAUCUCAUACAAUGUUCAAAAUUUGUCGAAUGAACAAAGACACUCGCAAAAAUCAGCCAUUUUGUUAAAUUUUAAUUUUUUUUAAAAAUCCGACAAAUUGGAUUCGGUUUAGAACAAAGUGACUGGAGGCAAUGGUGCAUGGGCUGCCUAAAAGCUAAAUUCACGUGCCAAGACAAAAUUUAAUGUGGUUCACGGAGUUUAACCUCAUAGUGAGAGGCAGA